AUGGCGGCUGAUCGUAACGAGGAUAGCAAAGUUAAAGAUGGUUCGGCAGUCUCUCAGAAGGUGCUAUUUGUACGUAAUCUACCCUUUUCUACAAAAGACCAAGAUCUCGAAAAUAUAUUCAGUGACGUUGGACCUAUCAAACGUAGUUUUGUGAUUCGAGACAAAGGUAAGAUUAAGCUUCUCGCAGACUCGCACGUGGCAUUGUCGUAUGCAUAUCUAGCGUUUGAAUAUAAGCUCAUCUUCACAAGAAUAAUCAACCGAAUAUCAAUGUUUUAAGACUUUCAUAUUUACAUGUUCUCUUUCAGAUGUCAAGAACUCCUGUAGAGGAUUUGGUUACGUUACAUUUGCGCUCGCCGAAGAUGCACAAAGGGCUUUAGAUAUUGUGAAAUCAUUUGGAGGGCGACAACUCAGUGUUUGCUUUGCAAAUAAAAAACCCAAACAUGAAAAGAGAAAAAGGGAACGGGAAUUGCAUCCUGAGGUUGACAAUGAUGACAGUCAAAGUGAGUUACGGUUAUAAACGUAAAGCAAACAUAUAGUGCGGUUAAAUAAAGGGGGCAAGUGUAGUGCUGCAUCUGGGGAGGGGUGGGUGGUGGGUGUCACAUGAUAAUUUGGUUUCAUUUAAUGAUUUGAUAAUGUACCGAUAUAUUUGCCAUGACAAAUAGUUUCUGAAGUUGACUUUCUGAGCACUAGCCCCUCUUGAUAAAAAAUUGACAAAGGGCUAGCACUCUCAAAGUCACCUUGAGCAACUCUUUACAGUGGCAAAUUCGCAUUAUCAGCUCAGUUGAUAAAGCUAUAUUUUCAUAUAUUGCAGUUGGUUUUAAUUUUUUUUGCAAUGCUGUUUCAAAAUUAACCUCCAACACCUUAACAUCAUUAAGUAUAUUCUCCAUACUGUUCUCUUUGUUUGCUGAGAUGCUGAUCACAAGAGAAUUUGUUUAACUAUCAAGAGCAUCUUAAAUUGUUGAUAAUUUCCUUCUUGAUCUUGAUAUGUGAUUUGGGUAUGAUAUUUUAAGGAGAAAUUAGAGGUUAGUCGCUCCAAAAGGUUAACAUGUUUUUGGUUGUGUUACAUUUAGAGAACAUUGAAGAUGAGGGACUCCAAACAAUGGCCUUGGAUGAAAACGAAAAUGAAACUCCACCCAAAAAGAAGUUGAAGAGCAUUGAUCAGGAGGAAAGCGUGAUUAAAUCCCAGCGCAGAGAACCAAAAAAUGAUAUGGGUAGAACAAUUAAACUGACAAAACUUGCUGAAGGCCUUAAUCAGAACCAUAUUAGAAAAAAAUUUCGUAAGAUUGGGCCUGUAGAAAAGGUUACAUUCCCAGCAGAGGGACAGGAUACAUCAACUGCAUUUGUCGUUUAUCAGACCCAUAAAGAUGCCAGAGAAGCUGUAAGGAAACUCAGUGGAAAGAUUUUUAAAGGCAAUACUAUUGGAGUUUCACUUCUCUCUAAAGAAGGGAAGACACCUAGCCAGAGGUCUUUAAAAAAAUCCAAGCUCAUUGUCAGAAAUUUAUCAUUUAAGUGCAAUGAAGAAGACCUCAGAAAGUUUUUCACGCAGUUUGGCCAGAUCUCUGAUGUUCACAUUCCAACCAAGAUGGAUGGAAAACGAAAGCAUCGGCUUGGUUUUGGGUUUGUACAGUUUUGUAAUGUUUUUGAGGCUGCAAAGGCCAUCAAAGAGACAAACAUGAAGGAGAUUGCUGGAAGACCUGUUGCUGUUGACUGGGCCCUGGCCAAAUCUGACUAUAAGGAGAAGAAAGGCAUGGAAGGUCUGUAAAUGUUCCUUUUUUGUUUUAUGUGUAUUUAUUGGCGUGCAUUUGCUAUUAGGUAGAUUUAUAGAUGUUUUAGUUGUGUUUCCUUGGUUUAAAUUUUCUGUCCAUUUUCCAGUUUCCCUGUUACAGUCAUGUUGUGAGUUCUAUUGUAAUUGUGCACCAUGCUGCAGCAGAGGUGUUUACCAAGGAGAUGGUAUCAAAAAAAAUAAUAGACGGUUUGAAGUACUAUGAGUUAAUUUUCUGGUAGUAUUAGCUUUCACAAAACCCCAAAAAAUAAGGCAGAGUGAGAUGAAAAUAAGUGUCUUACAAACAAGCCUGUAGUUCCCAAGGAAAUUUUGAAUUAACCCUUUACUCCCAAGAUCUGAUUGUUAAUUCUCCUCUCUAGCUGCUACGUAUUUCGUUGUAAAUUAGUUAUGAGAAUUUGGUGCUAGAUCAAAAUGACAACUUCAGCCAGAUAAGUUUGAGUAUUCUCAUUACCUGUUUGAUGGACAAUGUAUGGAUAUUUUAGGGAGAAGUUACAUAUUGAUCACCUCUGGGAGUUAAAGGGUUAAUGCAUCUUUGAUCACCCUUAGAGCUCAAAAUUAACCUAGGAUGUCAAAGUUUGACGUUUAUUUAUCUUUAGUUUACUUUCUACGUUCCGAUUUUUGUUCGGUUAUUUAUUAUUAUAGCAAGGUGAUAUGUUGUUCUUUCCUUUGCUUUGAACGUAAUUUUGUACGUCAAAAAAAAAGGCUCAAAAUUUAUUCAGUUCCCUAAAAUAUGCAGCAGUUUUUGACAGUUUCAGGCCAUUGUUUUUUUGUUCCUAUUUCCAUGAAAUAGAAACACAGGCCGAAAAGACGAGAGUCACAGAUGAGAACACAGAUGAUAACCAAGAUGAAGACAUCAGUGUUGAUGUUUCUAACGAUGACUCCGAUGUUGAAUCAGACGAAGAAAAAUCUGGCAGCUCUGAUACUGGAGACGAUGAAGAGGAGGAGGAAAAUGAAGUCAGCGAUCAAGAACACGAACAGGAGGAAGAAGCCUCGAAAGCCAAGAAAACUAAGCAACCCUCAGAUGUCAAAGAAGGCAAGACUUUAUUCAUCCGGAACAUAUCGUUUGACACUAGUGAGGAAUCACUUUACGAAUUGUUUGAACAAUUUGGAGAGGUAGACUAUUGUAAGAUGGUUGAGGACAAAAGGACCGGUCACAGCCGUGGAAUGGCGUUCGUGAAGUUUAAAACGGUUGAAGGCGCCGAAAAGUGUCUUGUGGAAGCAGACAAAGAUGGAUCCGGUAAGAAUGUUGUGUAAAUGGUUAAGAAUAUAUGAAAGUCAUAUAUUUGAACUGCGGAUAAAGACGUUAAUGAAAGUGAUCCUCGCAGUAAUGUGCACUACUUAGGCAGUAGUGAAAAUAAGGCCUGAAAAAAAAAAAAAACCAUCUACGUGUUUCGCCGAUUUUCAUCAGACCACAUACAUUGUUAUAGGUUCAAGUCUCCCUAAAAGUAAAGUUGCCGGUGAAAUCCAAGUGAAAUUCUGGUUUUCAUUGUGAAACUGAGUGACUGAGAGUUUUGCUACUGCCCCCAUUAUUAUUUUUUUCUCGUUUUACCCUCAUUCAAAUCUCUGGUGGGUUCUACGUUGUACCCGAGAAUACUCUCGCUAAUUUCUUGCUACGAACACUACGAGCUACAGUGAAAGCUUUAGCUAGAGUUCAGCGUGGGUGUAUCAGCUCACCGCGUCCCCCACUUUCAUUUAUUGUUCUCUGCGAAUGAUUAUUCAAAGAGGAAUGUUCUCAGCUAUUCAAACAUCUGUUUCUUAUUCCGUUUUGAGAUUCGUGAGUGUAACCUGAACUUUCGAAAAUUGUCCUCAAAUCUGCUAAAAACUCAUCAAUUGAAUGGUGCUGCCAUCUUUAAAUUAGCUCCCUAACUUGGUUGCACACGCAAAAUCACAACGUUAGGUUCAAAGACGGUUGUUCAGUGGUGUUCUUGCCAUUGACACAAAACGUCAAAACACACUCAGAAAAAAAAUUACGUCAGGAGAGCACCAAGACAUGACCAAAACGGAAAUGGGACUGUUACGUCACGGGCAUGCAGUCAGAUUGCGGCGUAGAUGCCCACAGUCGAAUUUUUAGCUCAUCAGCACAGUGGGAAUGCAAUCAUUUAAGACUUUGCGAUGCCAUUGAACCGUUCUCUCGUUGUCGAUUCCCUAGGCAUUACCUUGGACAAUUUUAAACUGAAUGUGACGAAAGCAGUAACGCGUGGAAAGGCGGCAGAACUAGCAAAGGAAAAGAAGCUGGACGGAACCAAGGAUACAAGGGACAAACGUAAUUUAUACCUGGCUAAAGAAGGUUUAAUUACACCAGGCUCAGAAGCUGCUCAGGGCUUGUCCAAAGCUGAUCUAGUGAAGAGACAGAAAGCUGAAGCAGAGAAGAAAGCAAAGCUAGAAAAUCCAAAUAAUUUCGUCUCAACAACCCGGUGAGUGUCUUUUUUUGAUUGGCUGCAGUGCAGUGAACCCGCUUCCUAUUCCAUGUUCCUUCUCGCUUAUUAUGGGGAAUAUGGGCUUUUCAGAGUUUUGGGCGUUCGUUAUUAUGGAUUUUCCAUAUAUUUCCAUGGUUUUUGUUUUGUUUGUUUUUAUUUUGUGUUGUUGUUGUUGUUUAUUUUAUCACGAAAUGCUGCGUAGUGUCGUUAUUUCUUUAGCUGUGAUAAAGUAAAUUGAAUGACUUACUGCAAGCACUGUUAAAUAUUCAUCUUUUGUGUUUCCAGGCUUUGUGUUCGAAACCUGCCUCUAAAUGUAGACGACAAGAAAUUGCAAGAGAUCUUCGGCACCGCCACAGGAAAGAGGAUGCGCUUGAAGAAAGUGCUGAUUAUCCGGAGUAAAGAUAGGUUAGACAGCACAGGCCGUGGACGUUCCAUGGGAUACGGAUUCAUAGAAUUCACCAAUCACAAAGACGCUCUUGCCGUCCUGAGAGUCACCAAUAACAAUCCCGCCAUAUUUGGACCGGAUCGUCGACCAAUUGUGGAUUUCUCGAUAGAAAAUAGCCUCGUCCUCAAGGCGAAGCAGCGUCAUGUAGAGAAGGCUCAGCACAAGCAGCAGCAGAGCGUCGACGAGCAUGCGCGCGAUGAACAACCCAAGACAAAUAAGGAGAGAAGGCUGGAGCGAAAUCAGAAGCGAAGAGAAAAACGAGUGAGAAAGAGAGAAGCGAGAAAGAAACGAAAAUUGGAAGAGGGCAAGGACAGCGAAGGCGGCAAAAUAGCGCAGGAAAGAAACAAAGUUAUUAAGGCAGUGAACAGUUCAAACUUAUCCUCAUCGAAAGCAAAGAAAUUUGAAAAUUUGUCCAGAAUGGACGUUACACAAUCUGAGUCGAAGCGAGGUAAAAAGAAUGUAGGAAGAAAUAAACAAUCGUCUUUGGUUCUUAGAAACAAUUCUCGUACCAAAGUCACAUCAGGUACCGCCCCAAAUGUUAGUCCCUACCUUAAAAUGGUAAAUAGAGCUUCAAAAGAAAGACAAGACAUUGAGUUUAAAGUGAGCAAAACCUCCGAUGCCCCAAAUAGAAAGAGGAAAGGCGCCCGGAAACGACAACAGGAGCAGAACGACGAGUCGAAGUUCUCUCAGAUGGUGUCUAAGUACAAGAACAAACUGUUUGGAAUGGAUAAUAAUGAAUCAUCCUUAAAACGCACGCGUUGGUUUCAGUAAUCUACCGAAGCUAAAUGGAUAAAUCUUCCUUGGAUGAGCAAGACAUGUAGUUCAGUGUUGCUUAAACCUUCUGUUGUCCAAAUAGGGAAAGGAAAGGACCUUUAAUAAAAAAGAGAGAGCAGCCGAACAAAACAUAGUUUUCUGAAAUUUUGUCCAAGUGUAAGAACAAAUUAUUUGGAAUAGACAACGAUAAAUCAACUACAGAACUUAAGCGUUGGUUUCAGUAAUGCGCGAGAACUCGGGCUAAAAUGAGAGUUUUCCCGCCACAUGGGCCUUUACCGAAAGUGAUCUUUCGCAAGGCGUAUGUGUCUCUUCUUGUUCACGCGAUGCUUGGUAAAGCUUUUUAUGAAUUUUUGUGUUCUCGUAUUUCAACAAUGG